GGCGGGCCGGGACGCGCGGAGGCGGCGGCGGCGGCGGCUGCGCCUCCUCCUCCUGCUGCUGCUGCUGUAGCUGCUGCUGCACCCCAUCCCCCCACGGCGGCCGGUCCCUGCCCGCACCCGGCGUCCGUGCCCUCGUGCCCCUGUCCCCGGGCCCCGCCAUGGGCCUCACCGUGUCGGCGCUCUUUUCGCGGAUCUUCGGGAAGAAGCAGAUGCGGAUCCUCAUGGUUGGCUUGGAUGCAGCUGGCAAGACCACAAUCCUGUACAAACUGAAGUUAGGGGAGAUAGUCACCACCAUUCCCACCAUAGGCUUCAAUGUGGAGACGGUGGAGUACAGGAACAUCUGCUUCACCGUGUGGGAUGUGGGCGGCCAGGACAAGAUCCGCCCCCUGUGGCGGCAUUACUUCCAGAACACCCAGGGCCUCAUCUUCGUGGUGGACAGUAACGACCGGGAGCGGGUCCAGGAAUCUGCUGAUGAGCUCCAGAAGAUGCUUCAGGAGGACGAGCUUCGGGAUGCGGUGCUGCUGGUGUUUGCCAACAAACAGGACAUGCCCAAUGCCAUGCCCGUGAGCGAGCUGACGGACAAACUGGGGCUUCAGCACUUGCGCAGCCGCACGUGGUACGUGCAGGCCACCUGUGCCACCCAGGGCACAGGCCUGUACGACGGACUGGACUGGCUGUCCCAUGAGCUGUCGAAGCGCUAAGCUCCCGGAUGCUCAGUCCCGGACUCGUCCCCACAGAUGCGGCCUCUGCGCCUGCCCCUGCCUGCAUGUUCUCUGUCGUUGGAGCCUGGAGCCUUGCUCUCUGGACACAAAGGGGUCCCCUCUCCUGCCCAGCGGGACCCACAGAAAGGGGGCUCCCCGGGCCAAGGCCCCUUCUUCCAGAGGAAGAGCAGGGAUCCGGGUUGGCUUGUUUUUGGUUUUUUGUUGUUUGUUUUUCUUUUCCCAUUUCAGGUGUACCUCUGGGGCCAGGCAGGGAGGGCCGGGGAGGGCUCUGGGUGGUGCUAUGACGUGGCACUGGAUAUUGAGUAAUAAAUUUGCUGUGGUUUGUA